CCGGCCUGUACCCCGGCGAACUGACCGGGCUGUCGACGGGGCUGAAGAACCGAAGCACCGGACACCUCCAUCAUGUCUGCCUUUUGGCCCCCGACGCGGCAGCUGCACGGCCAAAGAGGGCUGAGCCACACCGUAUUUAGAACAGUCGAGUCCACCAACCCUGGACCGUUUCAUGUUGGUCCCAACGCGGGGGAGUGGAUGUCGGGGAGUUAAUGAGUGUGACUACCGUGGGUUGUUGUAUCUGUAGAUUUCGAACCUUGUCUGCGCUGGACAAUUGUGAAAGGCUCCAUACUAAAGAAACUCUGCCAACCGUUAGCUACGAACCAGUGCGGAAAGAACGACCACUGACACGGUCCCAGUCUCGACCCACUCCAGCCAUCCACUCGGCAUCCCAAACACAGCUCUAGAAACAGCAACAAUUGCUGCCAUUUUCAUCCCUAUCUCGGUCGUUUUGCAACUUGCUGGCACAUAUACUAUAAAACACACAGUCACUGGUCAAUCACACCUCAUCUCGUCGUUUGCGUCUGGUAUAGAUAUCGGCCCUCAUCAGUUUUAUGCUGGCCUCAACACCUGACACCCACCCGCCCAGAACCACCUACCGUUAAGAACUUACACCGUUCACUACAAUGACAGCCACAAACACCCACACACCAACCCUCUCAGUCAUAACACGCGUCCCUAUCCCCGCCAGGGUUGAUCCCAAGGCCGUCCUCGCAAGCCUCCACGCCUACGAGCCCCUCAUCAAAGCCAACCCCUACGUUGCCCACUUUGAGCAGCGGCACCUCGAUGUCUCGGAAGUCGUAGAUGAUCCCCUGUUUCUCGAAUCUGGCACCAAGCUGCAGGCCUUUAUAGUGGUGGACCGGGUCCCUGUCAUUCCUGGUCUCGGCGCCUGGGGCACCAAGGAGGUGGGCAUCCCGUGUGUAAUGCAGAGCUUUGACCAUGGCGUCCGGGUUCGAGCCAAUGCCCAGGCAGGCGUGGUGGUGAGGAGCAGUUACGAAGUCAGGAGGAGGGGGGAGGUGCAAGACGGCCCAGACUUGUUGCUUGGGCCUGGUGACGAAGGAGAGUGGGAGCUGGUGGAAAUUGCGGGAAUCGACUGCAACUUUUUCGUCAAACACUUUGUCAGAUCCAGGUUUUCGAGUGCGCAUCAGGAAAUCCUGCAGAGGGUCGUGGAUGGCGUCGCCAGGAAAACUGAUGCUGCCGCUGCUGGGGUUAACACUGGUCCUGCUGUCGCAGAUGCUGGGACGCCGGCGGAGGCCUUGCCAGUGGUGUCUUCACCUUUCCCUGCGCCAACAACUUUCUAGCCAGCUCCCAAAACUGCUUCGCAAACUCAAAAUCCUCCUCCACAGCCGGGAUAUCCACCGCCUUCCUGAACGCCUCCCCCAAGGCCGUAUACGCAAACGUGAACCCGCUGUCAACCUUGCCAUUCACCCCCUUGACCACCUCGUCCG